UUCGUCCCUACGAGAGAGGGGCUACUGAAGUCAGCAGGAAUCGUUCCGAGUCAGUUUUUUAUCAUCAUCCUAGUAUUAGAUCGAGAAAAAAGUGCAUAUAAACAGGGUGUGCCCAAGAAUGAGUGAGAAAGAGGAGUCGAAGACUGAGAGCAUCGGCAGAUGCGUACUGAGUACGAAAUUGAAAGAAAUAUGGAGAAUUUGUUUAUACGCUGUGAUUGGACCGUUACUUUUAUACGGACUGUUUAACCUCUUUUCAACCUAUAAAAACGAAAUUGGAACGAUGGCAAAAUCCUUGUGUCCACAAGUCGAUAAAACUCAUUCAGAAUCAAGAAAAAAACCGAUUUUUUGGAUUUACGCGAAUAGUCCGGAUGAGGGUUAUUUGAGACACGUAUUUAAUGUUCUCGAACGUUUGGGAUUUGAGAGAGGAACGAACGAAUCUGAUUGGGAUUUGUUGUGGGCUCACGAUUAUCCGUUUCGUAAGUUAUCCGUAGAAUUGAAGAAUUUACGAGAGCAUCAAAUGGUCAAUCAUUUUCCCGGAUGUGGUUAUAUCACGAACAAAGUGGACCUGUCAACGACGGGAGGAAAAUAUAUUCCACUGUCUUUCAAGCUACCGGAAGACAAAAGUGCACUGUUGAGCUACGCGGCUGAAAAUCCAGGUAAAUCGUUCGUUCAAAAAUCUAACGCUCACCGCGGUAUUCACAUAAAACGAAUCGACGAAUUGAACCUCGAUACGGAGGGUUCGUUCGUCCAGGAAUUCAUCGAAAAACCUUAUCUCGUUGACGGCUACAAAUUCGACGUUGGUAUUUACACGGUUAUAACCUCGGUCGAUCCGCUCAGAGUCUAUGCUUACAAAGGCGAUGUUCUCUUCCGGUUUUGUCCUACGAAGUAUUACCCCUUCGAUCCGGAAGAUGUCGACAAAUACGUUGUCGGUGACGAUUACUUGCCGAUAUGGAAGGUGCCAUCUUUGAAGGAUUAUUACACCAGACUCGGAUUCUCGAUGAAAGACAGCUUCGACGCUUACGUACGAUCCAAAGGCCAAGAUCCCGAAAAAAUGUGGAAUCAUGCAUUCGAAGCUAUCAAAGAAGUUGCCUUAAAAAAAGAAGCUCCAAUCAAAGAAAUUACGGAACGAUUCGCCGGGAGUGGUAAACACUUUUUCGAACUCGUUCGAUUCGAUUUUACCAUCGAUCAGGAUCUCAAUGUUUUCGUUAUGGAAGCUAACAUGUCUCCCAAUUUAUCCUCCGCCCAUUAUCCACCCAACAGACUUUUAUAUGAGCAGGUACUGUUCAAUCUCUUCGCACUCGUUGGAAUCGGCCAACGUUCUACCGAGGAGUUCCGACGAGUCAGGGAUUGGACAAAUAGGGAAGUCGAAGUAGCUGACAAAAAUCUAGUCGUUCUACCCGAAUUUUGUAGCUCUUGUAAGGAUUGUUUUCACAUCGAAUGUCAGCUCUGCAAGCCAUGCUUCACGAAAGAAACGAGGAUUAUACUGUCGCAAAGUUAUCUCGAGCAUCAAAACAAAAUGGACUAUAAAAGGAUUUUUCCACCGUCGAACAUAACCAAGGACAUGGAUCUGAAAGGCUACUCGUUAAGAAAUCAGCUGCUCGUCAGAUGGUACCAAGGAAAAUGUGAGAUCGACCCGACGUGGUGCAAUUGACCGAACCACGAAACUCCAAAUUUUGCAGAUCGAAGACUCGAUGAAUAUUAGAUUCAUCAAAUAUUUCAUUAUACGAACAAGGAUGAUAAUAUUUAUUGAGAAUGAAUGAAAAGAGUGAAAGUGUAACAGACGGAACCAAAUAAAAUCAAAGUGUCUGACAUGCAAAA